CAGCCAUUUUCAGCACGGUUUUCUCUCAUCACAUCAUCUGAGGCCCCAUUGGAGGAAUCUUGAGGGGGGGGACGCUGCCUCCAAUCCUCGGAAAGCUUUUCCUCCAGUCUCCUUGGCUCAGCUUUGUCAUUUUCUCACGGUCCGACACCAUGAAAUCAUAGCUCAGGAUUAAAUCUUGCCAUUGCUGUGGUGAAAUACAGGAGAAAAACAGGGCCUGAUCAUGAGAGACAAAAGGAAGACGCCAUGUGCCGAAAUCUGUCGAAAUAUGCUCUGCUUUUCCUCUUACUUUCACUGUCGGGGGUCAUCUUCCUGUUGUGCAACAUCCACAAUAUCGAGAGUUGGAACUGCCACACGGUUUCAGCCCUUUACCAGCUGCAGACAAGGCUCCACUCAUCUCUCCUCACAUUGAACCUCCCUUCGUACAAUCACAACCUCACCUUCUGUGCCCACCUGGGCCAGAAACCCUCCCCUGAGGAUGAACUGGAGGAGCAUUACCUGCUGGACUCGAUCCAGUGGCCCGGCCCUCCAUCGCACAUCGCUCCACCCGCCCUGCGCCAGACUAGCAACCCUCUUCAGAGCUCCUUCACCAUCCUACCCAAGAAGGAAAGGAAAGAGUGGCGCGUUGGGGACCAGCUGGAGGCUCUGGUCCAAAUCCACGACUUUCAGGGUCGUCCAAAGCGAUACGGUGGGGAUUUUCUACUAGCCAGGCUGCAUUCUCCGGAGCUGGGGGCGGGUGUAGCUGGCACGGUGGUGGACCACAGGAAUGGGAUUUAUUCUGCCUUGUUCCCACUGCUCUGGGCUGGGCCCGCGCGGAUUGAAAUAACACUGGUGCACCCCAGCGAGGCGGUGGCCGUCCUGAAACAAUUGAGGGAACAUCAGCCCCGCCGAGUUUUCUUCAAGAGCCUUUUCCGCCUUGGCUUCUUGUCGGAAACCACAAUUUGCAACAUGUGCUUACCCUCUGACCAGCAUCCUCUGUGCAACUAUACAGACCUGUACACGGGCGAGCCCUGGUACUGCUACAAGCCCAAGAUGCUCAGCUGUGACACCAGGAUCAACCACGCUAAAGGAGGGUAUCUGAAAAACCUUCUGACCAACAAGGAGGCCGUGCUCCUUCAGAGCGGUGUAAACAUCAAAGUUCGCAUUCCAGCCUCUGGAAAAGAUAGAAUCACCAUUCUGCCUCCUGAAGAUAACGUUGAAGGGAAAGGCAGCUCAGUAAAAACAGAUACCGUCCAGCUCGCGCCUUCCGGGUAUUACUUCAAAGACUUGUGGAGGCCUUUGGGGGGGGCCACGAUGCGUCACUUUAACGAUUCGGCUGCAAUCAGACAAUGUUUGAGGAACAAGGUGGUCAACAUGUACGGAGACUCCACCGUUCGACAGUGGUUUGAGUACCUUAUUGCCUCUGCACCAGAAAUCAAGGAGAUAAACCUGAACAGUCCUAAAAAUGUGGGGCCCUUUAUGGCGGUGGAUACAACUCAUAAUAUCCUGUUAAAUUACCGCUGCCAUGGCCCGCCUAUCCGCUUCUCCACGGUCCUGUCCAGCGAGUUGCGUUAUGUUUCCAACGAGCUGGACGGCCUCUCUGGGGGCCCCAACACCAUGGUGGUGCUCAGCAUCUGGGCCCACUUCAGCACCUUCCCUGUGGAGGUGUACAUCAGGCGGCUGCGGCACAUUCGCCGAGCGGUGUUGAAAUUGCAGGGCCGAGCGCCGGGGACGCUGGUGGUGAUCCGAUCGGCCAACCUCCAAGCUAUGGAUGAGGAAGUGAGCCUCUACAACAGCGACUGGUUCUCCCUGCAGCUGGACGCGGUGCUGAAGGCCAUGUUCAGGGGGCUGGACGUUCUGAUGGUGGACGCCUGGGAAAUGACUUUGGCUCACCACCUCCCACACGCCCUCCAUCCUGCUCAGCCCAUCGUUCAGAACAUGAUAGACAUGGUUCUGUCUUAUGUCUGCCCUGAGGAAAAGAGGAGCCAAACAUAGCUGCUGAGACUUUUAAUGAAUGGAUCAAUUGUCAAAGGGAACAGGAAACCAUGUGAACAGAGAUUAUUCUGUUCUGCCUCCCGAAGCUGCUAACCUUACUAAGAAAUCUACCAAAUGUUAGUGGAUGUUUUUAUAUUUUCCUUACUGCAUUCGUUUUGCUUCAGAAAUGCCAAAGACUAUGGCGUCCAUUCCUCAUCUGUCGUUGAUGCCAAAGCGAUCUUCCGUUUACAGGUCAUUAAUGCCUCUUUAUUUAUGCCUCUGUAUCCAUGAUGACCUGAGUCAGAGCAGUCAAUACUAUUUAUCUCUAUAUUAAAUUGCCUUUACUGUCAUUGUCAAGCACAACGAAAAAGGUUCCAGAACAGCCAUCCAAGAUGCAUUUGGUCUUCAUCUUUGAUGAUAAAGGUUUCAGGGUACAUGUUUCUUACAUAUUGUUGGUACGUUUGAGAAUAAAUCCAUGAGCACAGCCCAGAGCCCCCUCCCAGCCAUAAUUCCUGAGAUCUAGUGUCCAUCAGGUCCACCUUAGCGGCUCCUGGAAACCAGAUGUAGAAGAAAGGAUGGUGGGGGGGCAUGGCAAAUCUGUUUACAUAACAUCCAGAGGAAGGUGAGACGGUCAACCUUUUAGAUUCAAUCAGACACGUUUGUUUUUGUUCACUGUUAAUUUACUCUCUGCCUUAGAGUCUUUGUUAGAAACUCUCAAGGCUGAAGUUCCAGUCAUCAUCAUGAGUUUUGCUGGAGCUUGAACAAGACAUCCAGAGGGAUUAAUAAAGUCGAAGUCUAUCUGAAUUUCUUUAUCGCAAUUCCUUUGUACAAAAUGUAAGCUGAAAUAAAAGAUGAAUUAGUAAUCUGACGGAAUUACAAAGCAAAGAUUAGUAAAAUCAUAAAAUGGUACGAAAAUGUCCCUGUGUAUGAAAUCUUUAAAUGAUCUGACUGUCUUACAUAAGGAUGUGGUGGAAAAAAGCUAAUGGUGCUAUAAAAACUUUUUUUCUCAUAGA